GUUUGGGAGUCGUGUUCAUCAGGUAAUGAUGGAUUCAUCGAUUUUCGAUAAUGUGCUUUCAAUCUGUUUCAGAUACUAUUGAAAGUUAUGUACAAAAGGCGUUCUAUCUCUUCUUCUUUCAUAUAUUAUUUCUUAUCUUCCUGUGGUCAUACUGGCAGACUGUUUUUACGGAAUUAGUGCCAAUUCCGGAUAUGUUUAAGGUACCGGCUGUGGAAAUGGAGAAACUCCAGCAGGCGCAGAGUGAAGAGGCACAGUCAGCGAUUCUUGAGAGACUUGCACAAGAUUUACCUGUGACUAAUCGAACUGUCAGAGGGGCAAUUCGAUUCUGUGACAAAUGUCAGCUGAUAAAACCCGAUCGUGCCCAUCACUGCAGUGUCUGUCGUCAGUGUGUCCUGAAGAUGGAUCACCACUGUCCUUGGGUGAACAAUUGCGUGGCUUACCACAAUUACAAAUUCUUCAUGCUCUUUUUAAUGUACGCAUUGCUCUACUGCGUAUUCAUCGGUGCAACAUCGCUCCAGUAUUUCAUCCAUUUCUGGAAGAUUUGGUUUGGUGAUCAGGGUGAACUCGAUGGAAUGGGCAAAUUUCACCUGCUGUUCCUUUUCUGUGUCUCUCUAAUGUUUGCUGUCAGUCUCAACUCACUAUUUUUCUACCACUGCUACCUCAUUCUGCACAACAGAUCGACCUUGGAGGCGUUUAGACCUCCAAUGUUCAGAAUGGGCAAGGAUAAAGAUGGCUUCAGCAUUGGAAAAUACAAUAACUUCCAAGAAGUCUUUGGGGAUAAUGGGAGACUCUGGUGUUUACCCGUUUUUACUAGAGGGGGGAUACCAACCGCCUGUUUUAGUCUUGGGGACGGAGUGAUCUAUCCAGUGCGAUCCCAGCAUCAGGGUGGUCUCAAUACGUACAACUCGAUGGGCAGUACUCAAAACAGGUCUCCACUUGAUGAUAUGAGUUUGGUAGCUGAGGCCACGAUUCUUGCACUUGGUGCUGGCACGGCCGUGCUGGGCCCAACAGUCGAAGCCAACGAGCCGCUAGUGAACCAAACCGAGACAGUGUAAAUCAGUUUAUCCUGAAUGUUUUAUACAAUACCUCAACGAGAAUAUUUUGUCAUUGGAUGUAAACGCGUGCUGUAAUUAGUCCAUGACUUGUUCACGAG